AUGACGACCGCCACAGCCGCAACCGCCGGCGCCUCCUCCGCAUCUUCCCUGCAGUCGGUGCGUGUCGUGCUGCGGGUGCGCCCACCCCUCCCGUCGGAGGCCAGCUCGGCGGCGGCGCCCUGCAUCUCCCUCAUCGGCAGCCGCCCCGGCGGCGAGGUCACCGUCCAGCUCAAGGACCAGCACACCAGUCGAAACGAGUGUUACAAGGUGGAUGCAUACUUCGGCAAAGACGACCAGGUCCCCGACAUAUUUGACCAGGAGGUCAGCGCCCUGAUCCCGGGCAUCUUCGAGGGGACGAACGCCACCGUGUUCGCCUACGGGGCAACCGGCAGCGGCAAGACCUACACGAUGCAGGGCAGCGAGGACCUGCCGGGGCUCAUCCCCUUGUCGGUGUCGACCGUCCUGGCGCGCUGCACCGGCACGUGGUGCUCCGUGGAGAUCUCCUACUACGAGGUGUACCUGGAGCGGUGCUACGACCUGCUCGAGCCCAAGGCGAAGGAGAUAAUGGCCUUGGAUGACAAGGAUGGCAACCUGCAGCUCAAGGGCUUGGCAUGGGUCCCUGUGCGGUCCAUGGAGGAGUUUCAGGAAGUCUACUCGAUAGGUGUGCAGAGGAGGAAGGUUGCACACACAGGCCUGAACGAUGUUUCAAGUAGGAGCCACGCUGUGCUCUCCAUCCGGAUCAGUAAUGAUACUGUCAAAGGGAAGCUAAACCUCAUUGACCUGGCUGGGAAUGAGGACAACAGAAGGACGUACAAUGAAGGGAUCCGCCUGCAAGAAAGCUCCAAAAUUAACUCUUCGCUGUUUGCCCUGUCGAAUGUCAUUUCAGCUCUGAAGAAGAACGAGCCGCGGGUGCCUUAUAGGGAGAGUAAAUUGACCCGCAUACUACAAGACUCGCUAGGAGGCAAUAGCCGUGCUGUGAUGAUAGCAUGUCUGAAUCCGGUGGAAUACCAGGAGGCAGUCCAAACACUGAGUCUGGCUGCUCGUUCAGGCCAUAUGCUGACCAACAUGUCUUCCGCAAGCAAGGAGCAAACUCCAAAAGUAAAGGUUGACAUGGAAGCUAAAUUGCAAGUGUGGCUGGAAUCUAAGGGGAAAACCAGGAGCAUCCAAAGAACGAAUGGGCUUUUCUCCCCAACUGGAUGCAAGACUCCUUCUUCCAUGAGCCAUAUGAAACUACCAAAAUCUGCCCUGGUUUCUAGUAGGGCUAAAGCAAUGGACCGAGAUGGUGGCAAAAUUAAAAAGGUGCUUUUCGAUUUAGGAGUCCAUACUCCAGCCAAAAACACACCAAGACCGAGCCCAAGAGAUGAAGUAAAGACAAUUAAGAAGGUGGCCCCUCCUUCGUUGGCUCCUUGCAUUGAGGACAGGUCUGAAUCGCCCAUUAGGAAAGUGCUCUCCCCCAUUUCUUCCAACGUGAUGACUCUCAAGCAGCAGACAGCUGAUGAUGUCAGUUGCCCUCCUUCUGUGGAACCGAAAACUCCAAUAGGAGAAUGUCAUAUGGUUGAGAAGAUUCCAGGUGGUACACCUCUUGACAAAUUUAAUGCACUGGGAUCUAACCUGAAGGAAUCUCUUAUUCAACAAUACCUUGAGUUAUUAAAUGUUGCGAACAAGGAAGAGCUACAGCAGCUGAAAGGUAUUGGUGAAAAGAGAGCAGAGUACAUUCUUGAGCUCCGGGAGGAUUCGCCCAGACCAUUCAAAUCUCUUUCGGACUUGGGAAAUAUAGGUCUAUCAUCGAAACAAAUCCAAGACAUCCUUCGUAAAACAGCAAAUGGAAUCUUCAAAUGAACUGUUCCCUGGAGCACUAGGAUGGACUGAUGUAAUCUACCACCUUAAAGAUGCUGGGUCAUAUUGUUUCACCAUUGGUGACUCAAUGUGUGUAUUUGUACCAAUCGUCAGCCUGUUGUUGACUUAGCUGCAGUUGUACUUUUAGUAGUCAGCCUGUUGCUGAUGCUACUAAACAUAGAGCGGUAGGUUGUAUUAUCCACUUUCUGCCUGUUGCUGAUGCUACUAAACAUAGGGCAAUAGGUUGUAUUGUCCACUUUCUUGCAGAUUUUCUCGUGUAAUUUGUCAUCCUGAUGUGAUGGUCUACUCUUCUAAUAUUGAAUGUCAUUUACUAGUUC